AUGGAAGGUGUGUUUUUCAAUGUGGACAACGGGUUUGUCGAAGGUCUCGUCAGAGGCUACAGAAACGGGCUUUUGACUAGUAAUCAGUACAUCAAUUUGACGCAGUGCGACACCCUAGAGGAUCUCAAGCUGCAAUUGUCUUCCAGUGAUUAUGGCAACUUUUUAUCUUCAGUGCCCUCGGAAGCUCUCACGACGUCGAUAAUUCAAGAAACGGCAUCUGCGAAGCUCUACGAAGAGUUCAAUUACAUACGGGACCAAACCAGUUCCGUGACCCGGAAAUUUCUCGACUACAUCACAUAUGGCUACAUGAUUGACAAUGUUGCUCUCAUGAUCACUGGAACUAUUCACGACCGCGAUAAGGCCGAAAUUUUGCCCCGUUGUCAUCCACUAGGUUGGUUCGACACUUUGCCCACGUUGACCGUGGCAACCGACUUGGAGUCUUUGUACGAGACUGUUUUGAUCGACACUCCCUUGGCUCCUUACUUCAGAGACUGUUUUGACGCCGCUGAUGAAUUGGACGACUUGAACAUUGAAAUUAUUAGAAACAAAUUGUACAAAGCUUACUUGUCCGACUUCUAUGAUUUUGUGUCAACUCAAAUUGGUGAACCAGCUCGUGAGAUUCUUCAGUCGCUUCUCAGCUUUGAAGCCGACAGAAGAGCAAUCAACAUCUCUUUGAACUCGUUGCAAAGUGGUGACCUAAUUACUCCUGACAUGAAACGUGAUCUCUUACCUGAUUUUGGUAAGCUUUAUCCAGUAGGAUCGCACCAAUUGGCAAACACCGGCUCUGACUUUGAAUCUGUUAGAUCCGUCGUUGACAGCGUCUAUGAGUAUCGUGGUAUUUUCGAAUCCGGUAAUUUGGAAGAUCAUUUUUACAGAAUGGAAAUGGAAUUGUGCAGAGACGCUUUCACCCAGCAGUUUACUGUGAGCACGAUCUGGGCCUGGAUGAAGUCUAAGGAGCAAGAAGUUAGAAACAUCACCUGGAUCGCAGAAUGUAUUGCCCAAAACCAAAGAGAAAAGAUCAACAACUACAUCUCGGUGUACUGA